UGCCGACCCCAGUUCCUCAACUCCACGAGCUGCCAAAGAACUGUCAAUUCUGUCUUUCUGAAAAUUAAAACUCGCCAAAAUGGGUCGUAUGCACGCUCCUGGAAAGGGUAUUUCCCAAUCCGCACUACCUUAUCGUCGCUCAGUGCCCUCAUGGUUGAAACUCACCGCCGACGAUGUGAGAGAACAAAUCAAAAAGUUGGGCAAAAAGGGUAUGACUCCAUCCCAAAUUGGUAUUAUCCUUCGUGACUCGCACGGCGUCGCUCAAGUUCGUUUCGUCAAUGGCAACAAAAUCUUGCGGAUCAUGAAGGCUGUCGGCUUGAAGCCCGAUAUCCCCGAGGAUUUGUACUACCUCAUCAAGAAAGCCGUCUCAAUCCGCAAGCAUUUGGAACGCAACCGCAAAGACAUUGACAGCAAAUUCCGUUUGAUCUUGAUCGAGUCACGUAUUCACCGAUUGGCCCGCUACUACAAAAUCAAGAGCGUUUUGCCACCAACCUGGAAGUACGAAUCAAGCACAGCAUCAGCUUUGGUUGCCUAAGAAGUCUCACGAUGGGGCAAAGAGUGCUUGUUUUUUUUAUUAAGGUGUGUUGAAAAACGCGAAAAUAAAUCCGAUAUGUGACCAUCAAAUAUCAAGAAAAA